GCCUGCCUCGUCUCGUGCACCCCCUCUCCUCUCCCCAGCUCUUGCUGCUGCUACCCUACUGACCCGAAGAUGACGGAGUUCGAAGAGGCAAAGGUUGUGGCCGACCCAGAAGUUGAGGACAUCGAGGGGGACUCUGACGACGACAUCCCGGAGUUGGAGGAGCAGGUUGGAGGCGAUGACUCUGCGGAGCCCAAGGGAGGCAAGCAGAACCGCAAUGAAAAGAAGGCGCGAAAGGCCGUGCAGAAGCUCGGCAUGAAGGCGGUCCCGUCCAUCAUGCGCGUGACGGUGAAGAAGAGCAAGAACAUCCUGUUCGUCAUCUCCAAGCCCGACGUGCACAAGAGCCCGUCAUCCAACACGUACGUCAUCUUCGGGGAGGCGAAGAUCGAGGACCUUUCGGCGCAGGCACAGCAGCAGGCGGCGGAGCGGUUCAGCGCGCCCGAGGCGGCGGCUUCUUCCGCAGCAGCCAUCCCGGCCGUAAACACGGGCGCGGAUGUGGACACGGACGAGUUGGUGGACGAGACGGGGGUUGAGCCUAAGGACAUCGAGCUCAUCAUGAGCCAGGCAUCUUGCACACGGUCUGCGGCAGUCAACGCGUUGAAGAAGAACGACGGAGACAUCGUUAAUGCCAUCAUGGAGCUCACCAUGGACUAAACCCGGCAGUCACGAUACUUAAGGAGAGAGUGGGGGCAGCAUGUGGAGGGAGGGGGGGAGUGGUGGGGGAAAUAACGUGCGCGAAACGAGUGCGAUCGAGGAAAUCGUACUGGCGGCGUGAAGAGUUUGUCCUUUGAGCAGUGCAACAGGUAAUCCUGAGGAGAGCGGCCCAGCAAUGCGCUCUGCUCGGCUCGUUGUUGAGUCGGCUGGCUCGGCGAUUUCUCAAUUGGCGUCGAAGAGAAGCGGCGGGAUAUACCACCCCCUCAUUUCUUCUUGCGAGCGCUGCACCAGCACGAGCAUCCUGUGCCUUAUUCGUCGAGAGAGUGCCGACGUGUUGUUAUCGAUUGGGGUGCGGGCGGGGUCCGUAGAGAGGGCGCAGGCGAGCCGGCGGAUGAGCCAGGAACGACUAGGAGAGCAAGCCUGCAUCCGUUGCAACCACGCGCGGCUCCAGUUGGUACCCACCCUGCUUGUCAUCAUAGCGGUUGCCUCUCGCAACCCGUCUUCUCGGACCCUUUUCCUGCAAAUCAUUUUCCCUUUCCCGAAUUUUUGUUUUCUUUUUGAGUUGGCCGGCUGGGUGGACUUUGAUUCGGGGUCCACGUCCAUUCAAAACAAAAUGAUUCUCAUGUUGCAAUCGCAUUUUACUUGUGUCUCUUGUAAGGAUGGACGGAGCCACCAAGGAAAUAUCACGAUAGGCUUUCUUUCCCGCCAUCCGCUUUUGACAGCUGCAUUUCUCAACUCUUCGGAUAGUAUCCGGGUCGGCCAUAUAUUUGCCAGUUGCUGUCCCCCUGGCCCUUCGUGUUCCUCACCACGACCGAUUGUGUGCCGUCUGUCGUGCCCCUAAAAGCGGGGGAAACACAACACCCUCACGGGUAGCCCGGUCGGAACAACCGCGAUGGGACUCCGGCGAAUGGGUUUCUUGGGCAUGUUCGUGAGCCGGCCGGAACACAUUUGGACCUGUACAAUAGUUCCUCUCUGAGGCCCCCUCACAACUCGGGGCACACGUCGGGGUUUUGAUUGCGGAUAAAAAGAGCCGGCUACAGCAGUAGCACCAAGGUUUGACGCCAGAUUUACCCCAGUUCUCCACAAGAUUACUUGGUUUUAGAGUUGGGCGAUCUCCGGUCUCUUCUCUAAAACCAUGCUAGUUUCUGUUCAAUCGACGCUCUCGAGAGUGCUCUAUUCGUGUUGCGAGUGGGGUGGAUAGAAAUGUAGCUUGCUGUUGCCGCAGUCCGCCGUCGGGUACAAGAGCUAGUAUCGGCAGUUUAGGUUUAGAGAAAUGCGCGUCUCUUCGACCAUCAAUGCAAGGUUUGCUCCUUCGAUUUCGAGGCCC